AUCGGAUUUUUGCAGGGCAUCUGCGAAGAGAUGACUUAUGAGGAGAUCCAGGAGCUGCAUCCCGAGGAGUUCGCCGCGCGGGACGAGGACAAAUUCCACUAUCGUUAUCCACGUGGCGAGUCUUACGAGGAUCUGGUCGGGCGUCUGGAACCAGUCAUCAUGGAAUUGGAACGACAGGAGAACGUGCUUGUCAUUGGGCACCAAGCCGUUUUGCGCUGUUUGCUUGCAUACUUCCUGGAAAAAAGCGCAGAUGAGCUGCCCUACAUCAAGGUGCCUUUGCACACUGUCAUCAAGCUGAGUCCCGUCGCCUACGGUUGCCGCCUCGAGUUCAUCCCGCUCAACAUCGACGCCGUGGACACGCAUCGCGCCAAGCCUAUCGUAAGUCCUGUCGAACUCACGUCCAACGACGCUCGGGACGCCGUUCGCGACGGCGUCCGUCUUCACCACCUACAACAACAAGAGCAAACUCCCCUUGAACAAGCAUCUGAUUGA